GAUCGAUGAAAGUGUCAAGGAGGUUUCGAGUAGUGACAAGAUAGGUCAAGUUUUCACACAUCGAAGCAUGUUUUCUGGAAAGGGACGUCAUCCUGGACAAGUGGUAACAGGUUAUAUCUUGGCUGACGAAGGUUACGACGUCUGGAUGGGAAAUCAGAGAGGUAACACUUACGCCCGAAAGCAUAUCAAAUAUUCGCCCGAAGAUGGUGAAUUUUGGAAUUUCAGCAUUGACGAACAUGCCAAGUAUGAUACACCGGAUAGUAUAGACUUUGUCCUAAACAUAACAGGUCAAAGUCAAUUAUAUUAUGUGGGAUUUUCGCAAGGUAACAUGAUACUCUAUGCAUUUCUCUCCGAGAAUCCCGAGUACAACAAGAUCAAAGUAGUACUUUCUCUAGGUCCAACGGCAUGGCUCGGUCAUAUUAAGAGUCCUCCUCUUCGUCUAUUAGCUCCUUUCACUAGUGAAGCUCAAUUUUUAUUUUCCGUUCUGGGACACAAGGAAUUUUUACCAAACGAUUUUAUUACGGAAUUAUUUGCUCAAACUGCCUGUAAAGUUGAUGUCGUAAGAUCGAUAUGCUCCAAUAUCUAUUUCCUAAUAAGCGGAUAUGACUUUUCUCAAUUAAAUGAGUCUCGCCUAGAUGUGUACUUUUCUCAUUUUCCUGCGGGAACAUCUACUAAAAACUUCAUUCACGUUUUACAGCUGGUAAAUUGGAAAAACUUUCAGAAGUUCGAUUAUGGGCCAUUAGAAAACUUAAAGAGAUACAAACAAUUGCAGCCCCCAAAGUAUGACUGUAACAAAAUUAAAACUCCGAUCGCAAUUUUUUGGAGUUUGAACGAUCUUUUGGCAAAUCCUAAAGACGUGGAUAUACUUCGAAAUUGCCUCCCGAAUGUGAUAGCCGAUUAUCAAGUACCGCUAGAAAAAUGGGGCCAUCUAGAUUUCAUCUUUGCAAAAGAAACAAAGAAAUAUGUUUAUGACGAAUUAUUGCGAAUAUUGAAAAGUAUUUAGAAAUUUUUUCUGUAUAUAAAAUAAUGCACUUGUCAGUUUUGCUCUAAUUCAAUGCAUGUUUAACCAGUACUAAAUAUUUUUUGUUCGUAUAAAAUAUUAACAUUAUAUAAUUUGAUAUAAUUAAAAUUUUACGGUUCCUGUUUCGGUAAAAUUCCGGAUACUUUUACUUGCGUGUUAUUAGAUCACAAUGACCGAGAGUUUAGUGUAUUGGA